AUGCAGGCGAUGCGUCUGCUGCGUUUCAUCAGUAUCUAUGGUGUAUCCACAAAGGAUCUGCAGGAAUGUGAGCAUUUGGGAAAUGCUAAUUACCUGUGCCGGGAAAUCGAGAGCUUUGAACAACUGAGCCGGUAUGUGGGAAACAAUUGGCGGAGUGUGAAAAUCGUGAAUGAACAGACAGGCCUUGAAAAUGAAUUCGAGACAAAGCUUCCAGCUCUUUCGGGUCUUAUCCGAUUAGAUUUGGCCAAGUCCGGAGGAGUUACCUUCAAUGGUAAUGGUCUGCAGGACUUUACGGAGCUCCAAGAGCUGAAUCUCACCCACUGCCAGUUGGAGGAACUGCAGGAGAGGCAUUUUCCAAUUGGCUCUAAAAUUGUGAGCCUGGACGUGAGCUUCAAUGACAUUCAACUUAUAACUGCCCAGAAGAUGAGUCGCUUGACUAACUUGGAGUAUGGAAACUUCUCCAACAACCUGAUUGCCGAAAUAGAGCCAAACUCGUUCAGGAAUCUCAAGAAACUGCGCUUCCUAGACUUUACCACAAAUGAACAGGAAAACAUUACCAUAGGGGAGAAUGCCAACCUGCAGUAUCUGUCUAUAAGUAACAACAAUGUGAGAGAUUUUCAUUGGUGUCAAAUGCGUGGAUUGCCCAAACUGGAAGAGCUCCAUCUGCACAGCAAUUGGUUGGAAAAUCUGGAUAGUGGUAUCUUUUAUCACUUACCCAAGUUGAAGGUUUUAAAUGUGUCCAACAAUAACUUAUACGAAAUCAAGCGACCUCUGUUUAUGGGUCCCAAAGAUCCCAUGCCCCUGGAGUUACUUGACUACAGUUCGAAUAAUGUAAAAAUACUGGAGGAUUCGGUUUUCUGCAGGCUGGGUAACCUGAAGACCCUGAAUCUCUGGCUCAAUCUGAUCAACAGAAUCCAUCCUCGGGCUUUCGUGGGUCUGACUAGCUUGCAGUCUCUGCAACUUCAGGGAAACAAAAUAUCCAUUCUUCCAGAUGAAGUUUUUGCCAAUCUGACUUCCUUGGAGGGAAUAGAUUUAAGCAGAAAUAACAUCAAAAAGUUGGGUGCCCGGGUCUUUGGAGAUACUCUCCUGCGGCGUUUCACCAAGUUGGAUUUGAGUAAUAAUAAUAUAAUGGAUCUGCAUCCUUUGGCCUUCUCCUCGCUGCCUUUUCUAAAGGAACUUCGGCUUAAAAGAAACCGCUUGGUCAGUCUUGAUAUUCGACUCUUUGCUCCCUUACGGCGUUUGCAGUUUCUGAGCAUCGGCGAGAAUCGCCUGGAGGAGAUCGAGGACGACGUCCUAGACACAUUUGAGCGCCUAACUCAUCUGGAGAUUAACAACAAUCGUCUGACAUAUCUGCCGGACCUGAAAAAUUCAUCCUAUCUCCAGAAACUUGAACACAUCAGUGUCGAGGGAAAUCCGUGGCAGUGCUUGUGCCUGGACGAGAUUACCGCCUGGCUGGAUAGACGCCAGGUGGCCUAUGCUCGACCCAGUAGUGCCUAUUUUAGCGGCCGAAAACCGCUUUGCGUGGUCACUCCAAUGGAAAAGUGCCUCCGUGAUCUCGAAGAAGUGCGAUCUCAGGCAAUUGUCGAGAGCUACGAGAAGAUUUAG